AUGCAAAAGAAGGGCUUCAACCACAGUCGCCAACCACCAACCACCAACCACUCUUCCCCUUCCCCCACCAAAACCUCAAACCAACCACCUCAGCUCCCACCCCCUCGUACGAGGCUCGCAGCAUCUGAAACACAUCGUAAGCCUGCAAAACACGACUUGAAAACAUCACGACCCCGUAUUCACGUGACCUUGUCGCAAAACGCCGACCCAGAAUGCGACGCGAUCUCCAUUGCCUCAACCAUCAACCACCUUAAUAUUCCAGCCAUGUCUCUUCUCUCGUACGCAAAAGACCUCGCAUACAACCCCUCGCACACACAAUGGCUCCUACCUCUUCUUCUCGUCGCCGACGCAGCCCUGUGCGGCGUUAUCAUCGAUAGAAUUCCAUACACGGAAAUCGACUGGUCAACGUACAUGCAGCAAAUUGCCGUUUACCUCAAAGGAGAACGCGAUUAUGCCAAGAUUACUGGGUCGACGGGCCCGCUGGUGUAUCCUGGCGCGCAUGUGUGGAUCUACAAGCACCUGUAUGCGUGGACAGACGAGGGACGCGAUAUCCAGCGCGCGCAGUACAUUUUUGCGGUUGUGUAUUUGGUGACGCUGGGAGUCGUGGGCUUGUGUUAUAGACGGGCCAAGGUACCGCCAUAUGUUUUUCCGCUACUGGUCAUCUCGAAGCGAUUACAUAGCAUCUUCAUGCUGCGGUGCUUCAACGACUGUUUCGCGGUCUUGGGACUCUGGCUCGCGGUUUACUGUUACCAGCGGAACCAGUGGCAUCUGGGAAGCUUCUUCUACAGCACGGGUCUGAAUGUAAAAAUGAGCCUACUUCUCCCGCUACCAGCCAUGGGCAUCUUGAUGGUGCAGAAGUUGGGUGGACGCGAGGCUCUCACGCAAGCUAUGAUCAUUUUUCAGAUGACGGUUCUCUAUGGGUACCCCUUCCGCAAGCGUGCGCCUUCCUACUUCUCCAAAGCAUUUGAGCUUAGUAGAGUGUUCAUGUACAAAUGGACCGUGAACUGGCGCUUCGUGUCGGAGUCGACGUUUCUCUCCAAGCCAUUUGCCCUGGGCCUCCUCGCGGUCCAUGCCGUGCUGCUCCUCUGGUUCGCUACAACACGCUGGAUAAAACCAUCUAAGCGCAGCUUCCGCGACUUCCUCAAACUAGCCAUUCCAGCAAAGGAACCCAGAGACCAAGACGACAUGGCGCGAAGAAUCACGCCAGACUUCAUCACGACGACUAUCCUUACGGCAACCCUGAUCGGCAUGCUCUGCGCAAGAUCGCUGCACUACCAGUUCUUCGCCUAUAUAGCAUGGGCCACGCCAUUCUUGCUGUGGAAAGCAGGCUUUCACCCAGUCGUACAGUAUGUGCUGUGGGGUGCACAGGAGUGGGCGUGGAACGUGUAUCCAAGUUCACCACUCAGCUCAGCAACAGCCGUCGGCGUGCUCGCAAUCACGGUAGUGGGCACAUGGUGGGGUACGCGCAACGAAUACGCAGGUCCGAUAAACGGCAUCAUCGACGACAACCACGAGCAUAAGGAGUGA